AAAAAGUCAGACAAAAUAAACAACAAAAGCAAAAUAUGAAAAAAAUGAGACAAUAAAAUGAACAAUCUAGUAUUUUGCUUUCUGAUUCAAACAACUUACCAUGGUCUAGAAAUUAUUUUAAAUGUAUAGUUUUACUAAUUUACAAUCUGCAGUUAAUGUCUUCUCUGUAGUUUUUACACUUUGAGGGCCGAAUUGGACCCUCUGGAGGACCACUUUUGGCCCACGGACCUCAUGUUGGACACCCAUGGCUUAAAUGAUCCCAUGCACAGGGACAAGCAGAGGAUGGAUAAACCUCUACUACAUCUGUGGUGUUUGUGCAGAGAGCUUGUAAAUAAGCAAAAAUAAAGUGACAUUACAGACAGCAAGAGAGACUAAAUGGACAGGCUGAUGGACGACGGAGGACGACGGAGUAAAUACAGAGAGGGGGGAGAUGGAUGUUUACCAAAAUACCCUCCCUCUGCCUCCCAUCCACUGUAUUGACGGAUGACGGCAUGCAGCAGGGAUGUGAUGUGAGGGGAUGAAUGGACGGACGAGAGGGGAGAGGGAGGGAGGGAUGACAUCAGCGCAGAGUCUCUCUCCAGCCAAUCCCAUCGCAGUCCCCCGCCUGCUGUCUCCGCCCUCCCUUGUUGCUACGGCAGCAGCCCCAUGUUGGAGGCAUUGUUUAGGGGUUGAUAGUAAUGCAGCAUGUGGUCUGCAUGUGUGCUGAUUUGGGGAAGACGGUCCGAAAACCUCCCCCUUUGUCGUCUUUUAUCUCCUCCGUUCUGCCCGUCGCUGUCUUCCAUCUCGCCUUCUCUCACCUCUCCGUCUGAACAUUCGCUCUCCUUUCAUUCAUGAUUUAUUCUUGCUGCAGAGCUCGUGUACUACAUGAUGCACGUUGAGCAUCAUAGAGUCCCAAAUCUGACUGUUCUGCACUGAUUAUUUGGACAAAGCAUAUACAGCCGUGGAAAAAAUGACUGGAGCAUCGUUUUUAUUCCAUUUCUUGUCAACUGGUGUCUCGUUUUUGUCAUUUUGUCCCAUUUUUGUCAUUUUGUGUCUCAUUUUUGUCGUUUGUGUCUCGUUUUUGUCGUUAUGUCAUGUUUUUGUCGUUUUGUGUCUCGUUUUUGUCGUUAUGUCAUGUUUUUGUCGUUUUGUGUCUCGAUUUUGUAAUUUUGUGUCUCGUUUUUUAAUUUUGUGUCUUCUUUUAGUCGUUUUAUGUCUCGAUUUUGUCAUUUUCUCUCAUUUUGUGUCUCAUUUUUGUCAUUUUGUGUCUCCUUUUUGUCAUUUAUGUCUUGUUUUUUAUCAUUUUGUGUCUCCUUUUUGUCAUUUAUGUCUUGUUUUUUUAUCAUUUUGUGUCACCUUUUUGUCAUUUAUGUUUUGUUUUUUUGUCAUUUUGUGUCUCAUUUUUGUCAUUUUGUGUCUUGUUUUUGUCGUUAUGUCAUGUUUUUGUCGUUUUGUGUCUCGUUUUUGUCGUUAUGUCAUGUUUUUGUCGUUCUGUGUCUCGAUUUUGUCAUUUUAUGUCUCAUUUUUGUCAUUUUGUGUCUUGUUUUUGUCGUUAUGUCAUGUUUUUGUCGUUCUGUGUCUCGUUUUUGUCAUUUUCUCUCAUUUUGUGUCUCCUUUUUGUCAUAUAUGUCUUGUUUUUUUUUAUCAUUUUGUGUCUCCUUUUUGUCAUUUAUGUUUUGUUUUUUGUCAUUUUGUGUCUCAUUUUUGUCAUUUUGUGUCUUGUUUUUGUCAUUUUGUACCUUCUUUUUGUCGUUUCACACAAUUGCAUUUGCCCUGUAGACUGAAACUACCCCAGAUGGUCACUGAUCCACCCCCAUGUUUUACUGUAGGGGCAGACGGUCUGGUUUGUAGCUUCUCCAGGCUUCCUUCUAACCAGUAAGUUGUCUGGAGUGGACAUCAACUGAAAACUGGAUUCAUCCCUGAAGAGACAUUAAAUGUCCUCUUAUAUAUGCUGGGAAUGCAUUUCAGCUCCAUCAUGUCAAAUAGGACAAAAAGUAUGAUGGAAUCAGCUGCAUUUUUGUUGUGUUCAUUGUAUUCUUCAGGUAAAAUACCUUUAGUGGUACUCGCCAUUAAAAUGAACAAGAACCUGAAAAAACAAGGGUGGAAUAAUAAUUUUUUACAUGACUUUGUUGUGCAAAACAAUACAAAAGACAAAAGGUGGCGUUCCAAUAAUCUGUGCAUUUAUUGCUCCAAACAGUUGUAGUCCAACAUUCUUCGUCUCAGAUGGUCACAGUUGACCAUGAUCCAGGCGGAACACCCUAACGUAGCACUCAUUGGCUCCUGCAGCAUCACUGGAAGGUUUUCCAGCAUGAACGGCCUUUUUAAGGUCCUGCCAGCAUUUCAGUCAGAUUCUAGUCCAGACUUUGACUAGGCCACUCCAAAACCUUCAUUUAGUUUCUUUAGUUCAUUCAGAUGUUGACUUGCUGGUGUGUUUUGGAUCGUUGUCCUGCUGCAGAACCCAACCGAGCUUCAGCUUGAGGUCAGGAACUGAUGGCCAAACGUCCUCCUUCAGGAUCUUCUGCUAGAGAUCAGAAUUCACGGUUCCAUCAAUCCCAGCAAGUCAUCCAGGUCCUCAGACCAUCACACCACCACCAUGAUUGAGUAUAGGUAUGAUGUUCUUUUUCCAGAUGGAACGAGACACACACCUUCCAAAAAGUUCCACUUUCGUCUCGUCAGUCAGUAGAACAUUCUCCCAGAACUCUUGAGAAUCGUUCAGAUGUUCGUUUCCUUUUGGUUCUCUUUGGUCAGCAGUGGUUUUCUCCUUGGAACUCUGCCAUGGAUCCAUAUUUGCCUGGACUCCUCCAUAUUGUUGAGUCCUGAACACUGACCUUAACUUAGCCAAGGGAGGCCUGCAGGUCUUUAGAUGUUCUCUUCGGUUCCUUUGUGACCUCCUGGAUGAGUCAUCUCUGUGCUGCUGUGAUAAUGUUGGUCGUUGGUCCACUCCUGGUGGUGUUCUCCACUGUUCCACGUUCUCUGCAUUUCUAGAUGAUGGUUCUCACCGUGGUUCUCUGGAGUCCUAAAGCUUCAGAAAUGGCUUUUUAACCUUUUCCAGACUGAUAGACGUCAGUUGUUCUUGAUAUUUUUUUGGAUCGCGACAUUUUGUUGCAGCUUUUUUACAUCUUUUGGUCGACUUCAACAGGUUCUACUGAAGGGAUUUCUUUACUGAACAGUUCUGGAGAUCAUCAGGUGUGGGUGUAAUCAGUGAAAUUGAGCCCGCUUUCCAAAAAAUGCGAUUUACAGUUAAUUCAUGAUUUAGCAAGGGGAGCAAUUACUUUUUCACACAGGGCCAGGUGGGUUUUGAUAGCUUUUAUCCCUUAAAACAUUAAAUCAUCAUUUAAAAGCUGCAUUUUCUGUUCACUUUGGUUAUCUUUGGCUAAUAGUUAAAUGCGUUUGGUAAUCCUAAACAUUUAAGUGUGGAAAAUAUUCAAAAAAUUUGAAUUCCAGAUACUUUUUUGUCUGUUUAAAUGACACAUUCUUAUGUAUCCUGCAAAAUCAAAACAACCUGCAACAUUCUGAAGUCAUGCAAGAAGCUCCAGUUAGCUCAUAUAUCUGUCGUUGUCUCAGAGCCACAGUUCCUUUAUUGAGGUUUGGCUUUUCUGAAUCCAGAUGGUCUCAUUUUUAGCGUGUCAGCAAGAAAACAUGACACACAGCAAACACUGAGAAGUUCCCAUGAGUUCAUACUGACUGGAAACAAGCAGCUUCUGGUGUCAUCAGUUUUAUCUGGGAAGAUUCGUCAAAAUAAAUCAGAUUUACAACAUUUGAAACCCCUGAGAAACACAGAUCCAUGUGUUUGUGCGUCUCCGACCAUAACUCACACCAUUAACCCACUUUUAAAGAGUUUUAGAGCUCUGUCUGUUUGUCUCUGUUUUUUGCUCUCAGUCUGUUCCUGUCAUCGCUCUGCCCUCCUUCCUCUCGUAACCAUGGAAAUGAGAUCAACAUGCAAAUACCUGAGCACGCUCAGAUAGAAGAUGCAAAUUGCAUCCGCUUGUAGGAUUACACGCCCACACACACACAGAUGCACGCUCAGACGUAUAGGCGGCCUGCACACGCACACACAGGCGUCGGUGCGUGCUCGUACGUCAGCACGCCCACCUGCAGCAGACUGGAGUGAUUUAUAGGUGAAGCAGUCGUUCUGCCACUGAGCCGUACACGAGAGGAAACCAAACACAGCUGAGCCAAAAGUAAACACAACGACAUGAUGAGCAAAGUUUGAGGAAAUAUCGAAAG